GCACCCAAAAUCCUGUCUGGCGUCACUGCGGGUUGGAGGGUGAGAGGUUACUAAAAUGGCAGCGCGCAUAUGGACGCCGGCGUGGGUGUUACUCUCUUCAAAUUCUGCAAACGCAACAAGCAUUUUAAGAAAGACGUUCAGUCAUCUGAGCCGGACCGGGGCGGACUGGGUCCCUCGGGGCCAACCGGCAAUGCUAACCCACGGUUCGGUGACAAACAUCAGAUGCUUGUUUAAAUCGACCGGGGCAGCGGCGCAGUUUCCCCGGCGGAUCCAGCGGCAGGGAGCCGCCGAGAAAGAGACGCCGAAUUCGGAUCGGGAGAGCGUGAGGGGUCCGGAGACGGGUCGCGGUUCCGCAGCGAAGACGGGCAAAGCUGUAAAAAAAUUAAAAGCAGUGGAUUUAGCUCACAGACUGCGGAGAGAGAAGAGAGAAGAGGAUGUUGCAAAACGCAAAAUCGUGAAAUCGGACUCCCCAGUACUGAGGAGGGUUCAAGAGCUGAGGCAGUUUACUCUGCAGCUCCAAAAGGUGCACCCCAAUGUUUUAGCCAAAGCGCUAAAGAGAGGGAUUCUGUACGAAGACCAGGAACUCAUAGCAAUAAAUAAACCCUAUGGGGUCCCAGUUCAUGGGGGCCCUGGAGUAAAAAAUAACAUUGGGGAGGUGCUGCCCAUUCUCGCCAAGAUGACAGGCGGAAUGGGGGCGGAGCCACUGCAUCUCUGUCACCGAUUGGACAAGGAGACCACCGGCGCCAUGCUAUUGGCGAAGAGUGAGGAGUCAGCUGACCACAUCCAUCACCUCUUCAAAACUCAUCAGGUUGUGAAAAAAUACUGGGUGCUGUGUGUUGGGGUACCAGUUCCCUCUGAAGGUGUUAUUGAUAUCCCCAUCAUUGAGAGGGAGGUCAGUGGCCCUCAGCCACACUUUAAGAUGAGCCUGGCUCCAGUGUUCAGGCUCUCCGAAGGAGGGGAGUCAGUGACCCGGGUUCGACCCAGCAGGGAGUCUCAUCAGGCAGUGACUUGCUACCGCACGCUGGCCAGCACUGGGACCAGUGCCUUGGUGGAGCUGCAGCCCGUCACAGGGGUGAAGCACCAGAUUCGAGUUCACAUGUCGCUGGGUUUGGGGUGUCAGAUUCUGGGGGACCACAAGUAUGCACACAACAGCAAACUGGCACCACAGAAGCUGUCCGAAGGUUUUCUACGCAGACUGGGGCUGGUGCAGAGUAAAGCGCGUCACCUCCCCCUGCACCUCCACGCUCGCCAGCUGACCUUCCCCGGGGGCGCCGGGGGUCACCAAGAGGUCACCGUCUCCAGCCCACUCCCCAAAUUCUUCCUCACCUCCCUGAAGAGGCUGAAGAUCGAGCUCCCGGGCAAGGAGGAGCCAUAGAGGACGUCUCGCUCGUUCAGUUUGCUCACUGGCACCCCCAGGUGGCGUGGAGGUCACUUUGUACUCAAACCCAGGGAUGGGAAUCAGACCCCUAUUGCACAGCAGUGUCACCCAUUCCAGGUUUUACUACCAGCUUGAUCAGCCCCCAGUGUGUCUAGCUAACAAGCUCAGGUGUGUCUGAUUUAUUAAACUCUUAGUGAAACCAGGAAUGGAUCACACUGCUGUGCAGCAGGAGUCUGAUUCCCAUCCCUGUGAUGAUAACCAGCAUUAUUAUUGCAGGGAUAUACCACCUAGCCCCCCAAAUUGUCUGUCUGUCUGUCUGUCUGUACCACCUAGUCCCCAGGCUGUCUGUCUCUCUGUGUGUCUGUCUGUCUCUCUGUGUGUCUGUCUGUCUGUCUGUACCACCUAGCCCCCAGGCUGGCUGUCUGUCUCUCUGUGUGUCUGUCUGUCUCUCUUUGUGUCUGUCUGUCUGUCUGUCUCUCUUUGUGUCUGUCUGUCUGUACCACCUAGCACCUAGGCUGUCUGUCUCUCUCUCUGUGUGUCUGUCUGUCUGUCUGUACCACCUAGCACCCAGGCUGUCUGUCUGUCUGUCUCUGUCUGUCUGUCUCUCUCUGUGUCUGUCUCUCUCUGUGUCUGUCUGUCUCUGUGUCUGUCUGUCUCCUUCUCUGUGUGUCUGUCUGUGUGUCUGUCUCUCUCUCUGUGUGUCUGUCUGUCUAUCUGUCUCUCUGUGUGUCUGUCUGUCUGUCUCUCUCUGUGUCUGUCUGUCUGUACGUCCCACCUAGCCCCCUAGAUUGGAACCCAGGCCUCCAGAGAAAAGUGAAAGGCUGGAAUACAAAAAACAAACCUAAAAACUGUGUGUAUAAUUAUUGUUCAUAUUUAUUAACAUUUCAGGUUUUAAAAAAAAAAAAACGUUUCUUUGUAGAAAACUUCCAGCAACAGUGUACGGAAAGAGAGGAAAUGUACA